GAGCCCGGGCCGAUCGCCGCCGCCGCCGCUGAGGAGGAGGAGGAGGAACGCGGCCCCGGGGCUCCUGCGCGGCUCCCUCCGCCGCGGCUCCGUCUUCUCGCCCCUCCACCCCCCACCCCCCCGCACCAUCGCCCCGUCGACUCCCGACCCGACGAGCUGCCGAGUCUCCGAGCCGCGAGCCCCCCCCCCCCCCCCGGGGCCUUGUCCGUGGCGCCUCCUCCUCCUGCUCGCCUCGGACUCGCGCGCGCCGAGGCCGCAGAGGGGCGGGGGGCGACUUCAAGUUCAACCGCGAAGGCCGCGGAGCGCGCCGUGGUGCGCUCGCGAAUGGAGUGACGGAAGGCGGCGGCCCCGCUACGACCUCUCAUGUCUGCGGCGGACGGCAAGCGGCCGCCGCGCAGUCUCGGGGAGGGACCCAGCAGCGUGGCGAGUGUGGAGAGUCCCUUCUGCCGGAUCUGCCACGAGGCGGGCUCGGCCGAGGAGCUGCUGUCUCCGUGCGAGUGCAUGGGCACGCUUGGCUGGGUGCACCGCGCCUGUCUCGAGCGCUGGCUCGCCGCCUCAAACACCAGCUACUGCGAGCUCUGCCACUUCCAGUUCCUGGUGGAGCGCACACCACAGCCUUUCUCACAGUGGUUGCGGCGGCCGAGCCCCAAGCAGGAGCGACGCACGCUGCUCAGCGACACGCUGUGCUUCCUCUUCAUCUCGCCGCUCGCCGGCGUCUCGGGCUGGCUGUGUCUACGCGGCGCUGCCGACCAUAUUGAGUCUGGCAGCCGGAGUCGCCUGGAGGCUGCCGGCCUCAUUGGCCUCACCGUCGCCCUCCUCACCAUCUACCUCUUCUGGACAGCUGUCUCCGUACGCUACCACAUCCGGCUGUACCAGGAGUGGCGGAAGACACACCACCGCGUGAAGCUGCUCACGCCCCGGCCGCCCGGGCCUCCGGCCUCUCUCAACCCGCUGCUGGGCCCUCCACACCCCGCCAAGCGCCCGUCCUCCUCCGACACGGUCGUGUGACCCCCGCGGUGGCUCUCCGCCGUUCGGCCAUGCCAACGCCCCCCCACCCCCCACCCCUCCCCCGGGCGUCUGACCCAGCUGACACGUCCGGGCGUAUGACUCCACUUGCACGCCCCGUGUAACCUUCACCGCCAGAUGUGGACACGUGAGCCAGCCGAUGCAUCCGGUUAACGUGACUUCCAUUGAUGCUCGGGUCGUGCGACGCGACCGAAGCAGCCCGGUCGCGUGAUCUCCCUGCCACGAGCAGGUGUGUUACGCCUGGAUGCGUGCCCCCGUUGGUGGCACUUGGCCAUUUGACGCUGCUGUCCACAACCAGCCAUGUGACCAGGGCUCGCGUGUCGAUGCUUCCAGCCAUGUGACUUCACCUCUGCAACUUGGCCGCGUCACCACUGACAUUUUGCUCCCAGCCAACGCAGCAAGGGCAGCUCGUUGGCAAUGCAUUUUACUGAGGAGUAACUUGACCCGUUGACCCUGUGGCGGUUGCAUCCCAGGAUCUCCAGACAAACUUAUAUGGUACAGCUGCGUUUGUGUUUCCCCCCUCACAGAAAUAUUAAAUUGCUUAGUUAACUUUGUUGAAUUUACCUGUGACAGGUGUGGCUCUUGUGGGGCACAACAGGCAUGCAAAUUGGGUGGGUGAAAAGCCCAGAGGCAAACGGCUUUGGAAUGACAGUCAUGAACGCUGGUGAUGGUCAAAUCCCACCUUGAGUUCUCUAGCCAUUUCCAAUCCUCUUGUGCCCAGGUACUGCCACACUUGGGCGUUGUGCGAUGCAUCGCCACGUGUUGGUGUGCACAACCGCACACUUAAAACGUCUGGGGAAUACGAUCCUUGGGACAGAAUCAGAACAUUAGUGCGCGCUUGUUUUGUAGUUACAAGUUGCAUCGAGAGUUGUGGCAAAGCCAAAUGUAUACCGCUUGCACAUUCGCUACGCACGGGCUUGUGACGUGUGGUUAUUCCACCAUCUGUCGUUGGGUGGGGCAGUUAGGUGCUAAGUGAUAGGCGGUGAGACCAACGGGGCGGUGUGCAAUAACCAGUGAUGGAGCAAUGAUCACACUCGUUGCAUUGGGUCCUCUCUACCAAAUGGGCGUGCAUUGAAUCGGUUCAUGAGUUGAUCAACACAGCCACACUAGGGGGGAUUUGCUUAAGGGAUCCAAACGUUUACAUAUGAAAACGAAGCAUGACAUCUGUACAAACAUGUGAGCACUUGUAUGCCCCAUGGGUUAAAACUGCACACUUUCCUCAAUUGUCCAUUCAUAUCGUAAUUCGCAGAUGUAAUGAAUUCGCUGCAUGGCUACGUCGUAUCUCGUGGGUAGGCGACGGGUGCUCCCGCUCUAGGUGCUGCCGUAGAAAAUUAUUCAUGGCCCCUACUUGGCGGCUGACACCAGCCGACUGGACGCUCACGGGAUGCCGGGGGCGUUGUGUCCGUGCUCGGGCCACAUCGCAGGUGUGAGUCCCCUAUCACCGGGAGGAAGAUUGGGUCUGUGUCAAACUCGGACCAAGCAAGAACGGCUCCUAUGUAUCUUUGAUAUCUGUUUUGGGGCUGCAGUGCUUAGUUGAAUGGCACUGGGUGAAACUCAGCUUGUGUUACUUAUCAGAUAAUAUGGAACACUUCCCCACCCGAAGAGACUUUCAAAAUGAGGUUCUUCAUGAAGGUUAUUUUAGGACUGUCCAAUGUACGUUCGAUCUGCAGUGUUGUGAUGACUACGUUUGUGAGUGACACGGCAUGCUGUUCACAGAGCCACUCUAGCACCUCAUUGUCAGAACAUUUAUAAGAAUUGCCCUUUUUAAAAUCGACUAUAACUUAUAAAUUUUGUAAAGUGAAAAAACACCCAAACGAGAAAGAAUGAGGCUGAUGUUGACUUCUUAUUCAUCACAAAUGUUGAAUUGAUCAGGAAGCUAAAGCAUUCCUCUCCCUGUCAGGAGAACAAACUCGAGUUAAGACCAGACAUGGCCCCCAACUCCUAAUACCCACAUAAGUCACGUGCUUGAAUUACAAGUACAGCGGCUUGGCCACCUUCAUGGAAAUAAAAAUAUAUUUGAUCACAAGUUAAUUUCUCCACUGUAGGUUUUAACUAGCAGUAAAAUAUAUGAUCUCCAAUUCACUUUUGAAAGUAAAAAGAAAAUCAGUCCAGUGAGCUCAUCACAUGGGAAUUCGGUGCGUGCUCAUGCGGUGCUUGUUGAGCAGAUUUGAAUGGCGAGGUUCGUUGUGCAAUAGCGGUCACCUCCUGAGAUCGCAUGGCUUCGCAAUAGAGGUGGUGCCGAUGUGUGGAAACGGAGACCUUCUUGUCCAUCGGCGGGCAGCUGCUGAGGCUAGAGAGAGGCCCGCCGGGACUCGUGAAGUCUUGUUCAUAUGUAUCAUAACUUUAUCACGAAAACAGUAAAUACGUAAAUAGCGAGUGUGCAGCCUGAAGCUCGCGUGCUCAAGGGUCACGCACUUGAUGCCAGUGUGUUUAUUGUGAUGACAAAAGCACGCCAUGAAGACUUUUCGGACACAUUGUAUAGAAGGCUCAGAGGUAUACGGGUUGGUACAAUUGCAUGAAGGUAAUCGGAAUCGUUUGGACGGUGCCACUGCUACUACUGGGAGGAGGGAAUACAUCAUUAUUUUAUUUACAGUAAUUUAUGCUCUCUUUUGUUGUCAACAUUGGUGCUGCUGCUGCUUCAUGUAUAUAAGCUGAAAUGAAUGGAACAGAUCUGGUACGUGUGUGAGCAGCACUUAGUGGAGUUGGAUCGGUCUCUGACCUGUUUGGUCCAUUCCUGCAUUAGGACGGACUACGUCGUCACAAGCAUUUUCCACUGGCCUGGCGUGAAACCCGCGUGGGUGUUUCGCAGAUAAUGCUUUUGCAGUGUGGAUGAUGUACCUAAGGGUUUGCUGUGAUUGUGUUCCUUAUUUACCUCGUGUUUACAGUUUAAGUUGAAUUCCUGUCUUGAUGUAUUUUGUAAAAGCGGUCGAGUGUGGCUAUCCCUGAACUUUAUCUUAAAUCAAAUGCCCUCUCACCGACCAAGAGAAUCGAGCUGCCGGUGUUGAAAUGGGCACGUGUUAAAGUGUCUGUUCUUUGAGUGUUCAUGCAUCCACAAAGUGCGUUGAGUGAACAUGGCACGAGUUUGACGUUAUCCUCGUACCCCUUUGAUGAAGGGGUUUGCGUUCGUGGUCACAGGGUGAUGGAUGCAGAGUUUGUGGUGUGGUUUGUUCUGCCCGAUUUGAAAAUGUUCAAUUCUAGACUUGGCUGUUAUAAAAAAAAAGAAAUUUGUAACAAGUCAUUUGUGUUUGAAUGGUUCUGUAUAAAUGAGUUAUUGCUGUACAACGCUCUCAAUAAAAGUGUGUAUAUGCUUGCAAA